AUGCCACCACAACAGCCAUUAAUGCCACCACAACAGCCAUUAAUGCCACCACAUCAGUUAUUGCCACAACAGCCAAUUCCACCACCACAACAGGUUAUUCACAAAAUUUUAAUUGUGGAAACAACAAGAAAUGAAACAACAACAAAUGGACCAACAACAAAUGGAACAACAAUAAAUGGAACAAAAACAGAAACACCAACAACAUCAUCAACAAUAGCAACAAUAACAAAAACAGCAAGACUAACAACAAUGUCAACACUAACAACAGCAGCAACAACAAGAAUAGCUCCUUCGAUGAACUUUAAUGACAAAAGGUGGAUGCAGGUUGCAGUAUAUGACAAAAAUGAAGGUGAAACAGUACCUACAUCUACAACUACAACAACAACAACAAGCAGCGCUACAACUACAAACAGCACUACCUCUACGCCUACAACUACAACAAACAACACUAUAACUACGAACGGCACUAUAUCUACGCCUACAACUACAACAAACAACACUAUAACUACGAACGGCACUAUAUCUACGCCUACAACUACAACAAACAACACUAUAACUACGAACGGCACUAUAUCUACGCCUACAACUACAACAAACAACACUAUAACAACGAACGGCACUAUAUCUACGCCUACAACUACAACAAACAACACUAUAACUACGAACGGUACUAUAUCUACGCCUACAACUACAACAAACAAAACUACAACUACAAACACCCCUUCAACAAGAAUUUCACCGCAAUUGAUAACAGGACAUCAUAUUUUUACUUUAACCUGUUUGCCAUUAAAAGUAGAAGGGGUGGACCGAAUUGCCUUAUCAGAAACUGGUAUAACGUAA